AACAUAUAAUCUCUUUUGGACAAACACAAGAGUCUGCCUUCCAGUUUGCAGUCAAAAUGGAGGACAGAGAAAAUUCAGGUGGUAGUUUCGGUGGCAGAUUCAACAAACUGAUAAGUGAACAUGAAUUCAGUGCAGAUGAGAAUACUCCGGACUCAAACCAGGAGACGCAACAAGUGUCCAUGUCAAUGGUGAGGCCUGAAUCCAGUCUGAAACAUUACAAACUGCUUGCAGUAAGCCUGGCAGUGCUUGCUGUCAUUCUUCUAGCAGUUGAUAUCAGCCUUGGCGUCUCCUAUUACAAACUUACAGAUGGGCUCUAUCUAGUAACGGACAUCAACAGUGAGUUGGCCAAACUACAUGCUUCUUACAACACCGCGAUCCAAAGACGAGAUGAAGCCAAGAAAGAGUUGGCCAAUACAAUCAAAGAGCAGCAACUUAGAGAGUGGGAGAGAGAACACCUGGCGAGUACACGCAAGUCCUAUGAAAAGGAGGCCGACAACAUUCAGCUUGAAAUUGCAACGUUGAACUCACACCUGCCAAUGAUCAGGGAAGGCUGCAGACACUGUUCAGCAGGAUGGACUUUCAUGAACUCAGCGUGCUACUACUUCCCUUUCUCCAAUGUUUUAGUAAGCAGAUCAUGGCAGGAAGCCAGGGAUUUCUGCAAGAAGCAAGGAGGCGACUUGGCAGUGAUAGAUAGCCAAGAGAAACAGCUUGCAUUAAGUGAGUUGAUAAAUAAAUAUAGUGCCCUUGCGGGGUACAUGGCCCUAAGUGGUUUCUGGAUCGGACUGAGAGAUGUGGAUGAGGAAGGGACUUGGAAAUGGCUUGAUGGAAGAAGGCUGACUGUCAGCUUCUGGAUCACUGGAGAGCCCAACAAUCAGGGUAACGAGGACUGUGCAGCUACGUAUCCCAGAAGCAACCCUUUUUUUGCCUGGAACGAUGCUCCAUGCAAUCAUCACCUUAAAUGGAUUUGUGAAAUGGCACCAAGGUUUGCCAGUUAAAGCUUUUAUUUAAUAAAUAACCUUUCGUGUAAUUCUUUAAACCUCACUGUUUUAGUUACAUUCUUCUAUAUUGUUCUUUUUAUUGUCACAUCCACGUUGUCGACACUACAAAAUAACAUGAGUACAAAUAUGAAAAAUACAUUACAUUUAUGAAAUGACCUAUAAAAUCUAAAUUUCCUCAUUCACUGUAAUAAAUUCAAUUUUUACCUUUACAAUAUA